AUGAUGGAACAAAAAAUAAACUUACUUGUUAUCAUAAAAAUUGCUGAGUAUGUCUUUUUAACUUUGAUAUGUCAUUUUAACAAAUUUGAGAAAUCCUCACAUGAGAACUGGCACAUUGGUGAAAAAUUUUAUACAAAGAACUAUCGAUUAUUAGCAAAAUAUGAACAGCUUAAGGAUUUAAAUAAUGCAUGGUUAAAAGAAAAGUAUCAAAAUAGUGUUGCAAAUGGACAAAAACAUAUAUCUAAUAGUGAUAAAGUGGCAAAAGGAAGAAAUCAAAAAUCAAAUAGAAGUUCAUUAAAUAAAGCGCAAUAUUAUACAGAAGUUAUAGAUUAUAAUAAUGCAAUGUUUGAUGGAAAACAUUUUCAUUUUGAGAAGAAAUGGAUGAAAAAGAAAGAUUAUGAUGAUUUAGUUGAAAAAAAUAGAAGAAUUAGAGAUAUAGCAGAGAAAAAAAUAAAAUUUAGAAAUUACAGAUUUGGACUUGCCCUGUUUUUACUCUUUUUCUUGUUGGGAAUAGGAUUCCCUAUAUUAAAAGUACUAGGAACGUCUAAAAUUCUUGGAACUACAGAUCCUUUUGAAGAAUUUUUGACUAAUAUAAAAAAUUAUCUAGAUAAAAUAUAUAUACCACAGAAAUAUUUUUAUCUAUUAUCCUUUGCUAUAGUUAUUAUUUUAUUAGCAGUAAUAAUUAUAAUAUCGAUUUCUAAGAUAUUAAUAAAUAAUGAAAAAUAUAAAAAAAUUAAGUUGAUGACCGAUUAA